UCUUUUUCUCUUUCUCUUUUGUAUUGAACACCCGACCGUUUUUUGGUUUCCACUUUUGCCAAAACUGUUCCACUGUUUUACUUCCUCAGUUUCUCUGACAGAUCCACAAACCCUAGCUCCGGCUUCGUCUUCUUCAUCGUUUUCAAACUCAACGUCAUCUCCAAUCCACCUUAUUUCCAUCCUAAAUCCAAUAUCCAAUUCCACUUUUACUUUUACAGUUUAUGAAACGAUGACAACUACAAAUCUCUGUUGGACACCCAUAUAGCGAGUCGAAUUUAUGAGGGUUGGUCCUUAAGCUUUGAAUUCUCAAGGCCUUGGGUGGGAUGCUUUGCGAGAGUAUCUGAUGACGCUUUUAGAAAAGUGAAAGUGGUACCUGUAUCUGCACUAUUAAACGAACUGUAGCAGGGAUUAUGGGCGAAGAUUGUACAACAAGUUCAUUAAACCAAGGAGUUGAAAAUUUAUUGGCUCCCCCCGGUUUUAUUUCUCGGCGAUCAUUCAGGCUGAGGAGGGUGGAACAAAAUGCAAAUGAUGAUUCAAAUAAAACAAAGAAAACUGAAAAAGGGACUUUGUCCAAGACAAGUGAUGUUAAAAUGAUGGAGGCAGCUUGUAGACAGAGACCGUGGAUACUAUUUGGCCAAAACAAGAAGGAUUCUUUGGAGUUCGAAUUUACAGAGCAUGAGAGCAUCCCUCCACAAUCUGACCUUCCAAAAGGGGUAGCUUAUGGAUGUCCAGAAUGCAGUAACUGUCUGAAGGUCACUGCAAGGUGGCGCCCAGACGAUGCAAGAUCAGAUCCUCUCGAAGAGGCUGCUGUCUUUUAUCCAACAGAGGAGGAAUUUGCAGAUACACUUCAAUAUAUAGAAAGAAUACGUUCAAGAGCAGAGCCAUGUGGAAUUUGUCGCAUAGUUCCUCCUCCAUCAUGGUUGCCUGCGUGUCUUUUGAAGGAAAAGGAAAUUUGGGAAAAUUCUCCUUUCUUAGCCCACUAUCAGCGGAUUGAUGGGUUUCAGAAGACUUUUGCACAUGAUCAAUUUUCUAACCAUUGCGUAGACAUGAAGAAUAAGAGGAGAAGGUUAGACUCUGUGUGUGGUAAUAGAUGUUUGAUGGAUCCUGAUGAAAGUUGUAAGCAAGGACAGAACUCAGAACUUGGUCGAGAGUUUACUCUAAAGGUUUUUAAAAGUUAUGCAGAUGACUUUAAAUCCCAGUAUUUCAGCAGUGGAAAUAAGGACACAAAUACAGAAACAAAGUCACCUAUGCUUGGAGAGCAGUGGGAACCUUUGGUCGAUCAAGUUGAGGGUGAAUAUAGACGCAUUCUUGAGAAUCCAACCGAACAAAUUGAGGUGCUGUACGGUGAUAGUAGUUUGAGUAGCCUUUUACUGGGCAGCGGAUUUCCAUCAUCAUCCAGUCCUUUGAAUGAACCAGGUCAUGCUGAUCAUAUGGAUUCUGGUUGGAAAUUAAAUAAUUUACCUAGACUGCCUGGUUCACUUCUUUCUUUGGAUAGCUUCAAGACAUCCUCUAUUUUGUUGCCUCGAUUGUGCGUGGGAAUGUGCUUUUCUACAGCUCCUUGGCGAGUUGAAGAACACCACUUACCUUUGUUGUGUUACUUGCACUUGGGAGCUCCUAAAAUAUGGUAUGGCAUUCCAGGAAGAUACAUCGAUAAAUUUGACGUAGUCAUGAAGAGCCUGCCAGAAAAUUUUGUGGGACGGCAAAGGUCUCAUAGAGGAAUGGUCGUCAAUCAACCAUCAAUUACCACAUUGAAGAGCGAAGGGAUACCAAUUUACCGUUGCAUUCAAAAUCCAGGAGAGUUUGUUCUCGUCUUCCCAGGAGCAUGUCAUUCAGGAUUUAACUGUGGGUUUAGUGUUACAGAGGAAGCAAAUUUUGCUCCUCUUGACUGGUUACCUCACGGUUAUAAUGCUACGGAGCUGUACUCUGUAGAGAGAAGGAAGACGUUGAUAUCCUUUGAUAGGCUGUUGCUUGGAGCAGCCAUUGAAGCUGUAAAGGCACAAUGGGAAUUCUCAUUAUGCAGGAAUGAAACCAAAGAUAAUUUGCGAUGGAAAGACGCUUGUGGAAAAUAUGGGAUAUUGGCCCAAACAUUCAAGUCUCGCAUCAGAAGUGAAAGUCUCCGGAGGGAGUAUCUUGCGACAGCUUUGCAUAUGCAUGAAAUAACCAGAAGUUUUGAUGCCGUCAGGAAGCGCGAAUGCAGCAUUUGCCUUUAUGAUUUACACUUGUCUGCAGCUGGUUGUUCAUGUUCCGGUGAUAGGUACUCCUGUUUGAUUCACGCUAAGCAACUCUGUUCUUGUCCUUGGGGCAACAAAUUCUUUGUGGUACGGUACCAAAUGAGCAACUUAAAUCUUCUUCUUGAAGCAUUGGAAGGAAAAUUAAGUGCAGUCUACAAAUGGGCCAAAGAGAAUCUUGGACUGGCUGUGCAUUCCUACAAGAAUACUUCACUACAAUCUCAGCCUGCUGAUACACCCCAGUCUUCACAACGGAGUCGGUCCGAGGAUGUGGAAUCUCCUAGUACUUUUAAUAGCUCGAUCGAUAGAAUUAAGUCAGAGAUAAAGGCGCGUCUUCUCCAAGCGAAAACCUUGAAGUAUAGAAAAGAAACUGGGAAGGUAACAGAAUCCGCAGAUACAGUUAAAGAUAAUGGUAUUGUUGCAAAUUCCGAUAUGAGAACUUUGGCAGAACAGAGUGUGUCGAAACUACAGCCAGUAAGCUCGAAUGAGCUCAAAAGAAAAGAGAGUACAUCAACCCCAGCAGUAGUUUUAAAUGAAAGAGGAGAUGAUUUAAUAUUUUCACUCAAUUUGGAGUCUCUUGCAACUUUACAUGAGAGCUCAGAAUCCGAUGAGGACUGGUCAGAUUCUGGCUUUGAAGUAAAUGAACAAGGACGACACUCCGUGGUAGACAGUUGAGCUAGAUUGUACAACGGCAAUGGUUUUCUGUCGGGGACAUUGAAUGGGGAGUAAGUGAGCUAAGGUUGGUCUAAAUUUUGUCCCAAACUUUGGAAGCAUAGAUGAGGAAUGCCUUUCAAGUUUCAUCUCUGCUUGUCAAGGAAAAAAAAAGCAUUUAAAAUAAUUAAUUGAUUGCUAUUUCCUAUGUAUUCUGUUAAAGGAUUCAUCCUAAUGGAAUUCUCAAGGCAUAUGUAUACAUCAACAAUCGGAUUUGAAAACAAUUUUUAAAUUUAUUCUUGUA